AUGGCUUGCCAGCAGUGGCCCUUACCGGAGCCCCACGAGGGGUGGAUGUUAAAGUCGGACCUGAGGAAGAAGGCACUCAUAGAGUCAGGGCUGAUCAAGCCCUGGCAGUCAGGGCCGAAGCUGAACAAGAAGCCAGAGCCCAGCCAGAAGUGGAUGCUAGGGCCGGGACCACUGGAGCCCUUGCCCCUGGGCAUGAAAUGUAAGCCCUGGUUUAAGGACAGGGACAGGUUGCCUUCCCGCUAUCUCUCCAGGCAGAAUAAGCAGCUUGCGAAGUGCCCCACCUCCAUGGACAGCCGGCGGUGGGUAUUUGUGAAGGAGGGACUGGACGACUUCAGAACGGGCUGUCCAUCUGCUGAAGAUGUGAUCACUCGUGGCCCUCGGGAAGGCUUUCUCCCCAUGAUUGCUCAUAGAAUUCCCCGCCCUCCGCCCAAAAAGAUUCACAGGCAGCCGCCCACGGGAGCGGAGCUGUGUUCCAAGCUCUCGCCAGCCCAGCGAGCACGGAAGGCCUUUGUAGAGAACAUUGAAGCCAACCUGACCCAGCAUUCCUUGGCGAACUGCCCGAAUCUGGAGGAAGCUCUCCCUCCAGACCUCCUGCUCAAGGUCCUGGAAGUGCUAGAUCCUGACAGGAAGCUGGAGGACACGUGGGCGUAUUGUGAGGGCACCAAGGAAAGAAAGAAGACCCCCACACACCUGUGUGAAGAACAUCCUGAGGAGGUCAACCUGGAGCCUCCCCAGGCAGUGAACCUGGAGCCUCCCCAGGCAGUGAACCUGGAGCCUCCGGAGGCAGUGAACCUGGAGCCUCCCCAGGCAGUGAAUGUGGAGCCUCCGGAGGCAGUCCACCCCGAAUCUGCCUGGAAGCUCAACCUGGAACCUCCCGAGGAGGACAACCUGGAACCUGAAGACCAAGCCCACGUGGAAACGGCCAAGGAGAGUCUCCAGUCAUAUUUAUUCAGUUUGUUUCCUGAGGAAGAGAUAAAUGCAGCAUGCACAAUUCAUAUCCCCAAGGAUCCUGGGCUCCAGAAAUCAAGAAGAAGAAUUCGUGAAUUCUGCAGAUGGAUCGAUGAUAAUUUUGGAGACAUAGGCAUUGAUGAAGAGGACCUCAUGAAACAGUUUGAAGUUGACUUAGAGGUCCCACUCACCCAUAAUACAGUCAAAAUAAAGAAAAUAAGCCAGCUUCCUUUGAAUAUAAGGCCCUGCAAACAGCUAGAUGACAUACAGCAGAGAAAAUUCUCCCUGCAGGAAGGCAACUGGGAAAGGAAACUCCGAAAACCAGAAGACCCUUAUAAACCCAAACGGGAGAAGAUAAGGUAUGGAGCAUGGUACCUGGACCCCAAAUCCUGGAAAAAGCUGGUCAAUGACCAGCCUUUGCCCGACCCUAAAGUCGUCCCUGACAAGGAACAUUUGACCGAUGGAAGGCAUCUUGAACCAGACAUUAUUGAUGAACUUUAUGGACCAAUUGCUUUCAAAGAUUUCAUUGUAAGCAAGGGCUACAAGAUGCCAGGUGUGAUUGAGAAGAUGUUUAUGAGGAAGGGAUGGAACUAUGAGUCUGUGAAGACUCCUAUACACCGAGUAAUGAAACUCCUCUCCAAACCCAAAGAGGAGGAUUCAGGGGACAAAGAGGAUUAG